GCUGUUUCUGUGCCUCACUGCAUCACCAGCAACAGAAACUGAAAGCUCUGCAGCCGUGGGAGCUGCAGGACACUCUCUCUUUUUGCCUUUUCUGACAGAGAUUUGGCUUUCCUCAAAGGAAGGGGAGGCAGAAAAUGGASAGGCUACGUAAGGCACUGGAUUUCUGCAUCCGCCACCAGACCAUUCUGGGCUACAGCAUCGUGUCCCUGCUGACGGCUGCCAGCGAGCAAAUCUUCUCCUCCGUGGUGUUCAAGUGUCCCUGCAACUCUGGGAACAUGCUGUAUGGCUCUUCCUUCCUCCURGUGCCUGCCUUCAUCCUCUUGCUGCUGGGCUACAUGGUGAACGCCAGGACGUGGCGCCUGCUGACAGGGAGCUGCUCUCCAGAGAAGCGUCUCCAGUGCAGCCCCCGGGGAACCUGUGCCCGCUACAGCCAGGUGCUGGUGCAGGUGACAGCCAGAGCCUUGGUGGCCCCCCUCACCUGGAUAGCGGUGGCCCUGCUCGGAGCCAACUUCUACGAGUGUGCGGCCAGUGGGAACAGCCUGAUAAAGGAUUUCUUCUGCAAAGACAAAGGACCUGAGUGCCAAACCCAGCUGCUGAAAACACCUUGUGAUGAGAAAUUGUCAGCACAGAUAUYGAGUGAACGGCUCAGCCUUCAUGCACAGUCCCAGCUGAUAGGAUGGUUCCUGAUAGCCAGCAUCAUGACUGUGGCACUGAUUUCAACAUGUGUCAGCCGCUGCUGYUCCCCAGUCAGCCAUCUUCAGCUCAAGUUCUGGAAAAUUUACUCAGCAAAAGAACAGGAACUCUUUGAGAGCAAAGCCAAAGAUCAUGCAACAAAGCUGGCAGAAAUAAAUACAARUUGCUUUUUUGAAGCCACUGACCCAGCACCAUUUCAUACUCCCAGCAAUGAAGACUGGUGGAAGAUUUCGUUCUUGUACACCUUCAACCCACAGGAGCAGUAUUACAGCAUGAUACACAAGUAUGUGGGCACAAACAGAGGCAACUGCUCCAAAUUCCAGGAAGAAGGUCAGGAUCUCAAUGUUUUAGCAUUUGUGGAUGAAGCACACACAAGCAUUUCGGGGUUAUAAUGGAACAAAUCCUUUGCAAUGCUGGCAGUCUUUUAACCCUGCUGAUGUAAGAAGGGUCUUAUU